AUGGUGUCCGACCAAGAUAUUGCAAAAGGGGUGGAGUCUCUACUGCGUCACUCUGACCCAAACUCCAUAACCACUGUAAGCGCAGUCGUUCAGCAACUCGAGGCUAAACUAGGGUUAGACCUCUCUCACAAGGCCGCUUUCAUCCGCGACCAGAUCGACCUUCUUCUCCGUUCCCACCCACCAUACGCAUUUCUUACUCACCCUCCUCCAGUGCACAAAGACUAUUUUGCCCCUCACCCCCAGCACCACUUCCCAACCACCCACUUUCCUUCCCAUUUUGCCCUCCACGAUGAGAUCAACUUCCAGCACCCCCACCCUACUCCGCCGUGCAAAGUUGAUCCCUUUCCUGAAAAUGCUGGCCUUGUUGCUCCUCCUCAAGCGCCCAAAGUAAGUGUUCAAACCGGAGGCAAAAGAAGAGGUGGUGCUGGUGGUCUAAACAAAGUCUGUGGUGUUUCUCCUGAACUUCAGGCGGUUGUUGGUGAACCUGCAUUGCCAAGAACUGAGAUUGUGAGGCAGCUUUGGGCGUACAUAAAGAAAAACAACCUUCAGGAUCCUGGUAACAAAAGGAAGAUAAUUUGUGAUGAUGCACUGCGUUUGGUAUUUGAGACCGACUGCACUGACAUGUUCAAGAUGAAUCAGUUGCUAGCUAAACACAUUAUCCCACUUGGUCCUACAAAGGAGUCACAAGCUAAACGAGUGAAGGUAGAUGUUGAAACUAAAAUUGAAAGUGCUGAACCUGCUUCAUCUACCGUCAUAAUAUCUGAAGCGCUUGCCAAAUUUUUGGGUACUGAGGGAAAAGAGAUGCAACAAUCUGAAGCCAUAAGACUUGUUUGGGAGUACAUCAAGCUUCACCAUUUGGAGGAUCCUUUAAAUGCAAUGGUGAUAUUAUGUGAUGCAAAGCUUCAAGAGCUACUUGGGUGUGAAAGCAUUUCUGCUUUAGGAAUACCAGAGAUGUUAUCACGCCAUCAUCUAUUUAAACAGUCUGACACCAAUGGCAUGAUCCGCAGAGAGCCUUAG